AUGAAGAGCGAUUGGUAUUCGCCAGGCGUGUGCCCCAAUCGAUACGUGUAUGCAGCGACGGCUGUAUCAACUCAUACCAAUGCACCAGCUACCACGUUCGCCAUCUGCUGUCUUUCUGAUGUCCCGACUGCUGUAUAUAAUUUACAACCAGUAGUGUGCUACCGAUCUAUGACUGGAGAUAUCGCAGACUCCUUCACCUUUACGGCGGCAUACCCCGGUAUAAGCCCAACAACUGAUAUAUACGUGCCUGCAAUAAUGAUAGCAUGGCAGCAUUCCGAUCUUUCGCGCUUCGAUCCCAAAUCGGCACUAGUAUAUGAUCUUAAACGGGCGAAAAUAUCACUAAGACCGGAUCCUUUUACAGAAACUGCAAGUGAGUUUGCCAGCUCGACAUUGCCGUCCGAUCGAAGUUCAAUAAGCUACACAAACGAGUUUCCCACAUCGACUUCAAAGACAAAAGACCAGGAUGAAAGCUCAGAAGGCGGCAGUCAUGGUUUGAGUACUGGGGCUACGGCAGGUAUAGGUGUCGGCGCUGCGAUCGCGGGUAUGGCUGUUGUGGGAUUUCUGUGGUGGUUUACGAAAAGAUACAGAGUCUUGCGAAAGGAUAAGAAUACUGCUGAGACUGGGCAGACGUGGGAUGAACAGAUGUAUAAACCACCAGGUAUUGUAGACAAGCCAGUGAAUGCUGGCGUGACACCAAGAACUGAGCUUCCUUGA